AUGGUUUUAGCGGAUCUUGGACGGAAAAUUACGUCUGCCUUGCAUUCGCUUAGCAAGGCAACGGUUUUGAAUUCUAUGUUAAAAGAUAUCUGCACAGCCUUAUUGGAAGCAGAUGUAAAUAUUCGCUUAGUAAAAAAACUUAGAGAAAAUGUUAGAGCUGUAAUUGAUUUUGAUGAAAUGGCAGGAGGUUUAAACAAAAGAAGAAUGAUUCAAAGUGCUGUAUUUAAAGAAUUAGUUAAGCUUGUCGAUCCUGGUGUUAAAUCUCAUCAGCCAGUAAAAGGAAAACCGAAUAUAAUUAUGUUUGUCGGUCUUCAAGGUUCAGGAAAAACAACUACUUGCACAAAACUAGCAUAUCAUUAUUUAAAAAAAAAUUGGAAAGCUUGUUUAGUUUGUGCUGACACAUUUCGAGCUGGUGCUUAUGAUCAGUUAAAACAAAAUGCCACAAAAGCUAGAAUACCUUUUUAUGGUAGUUACACUGAAGUUGAUCCUGUCGUUAUCGCACAGGAUGGCGUAGAAAUGUUUAAAAAAGAAGGAUUUGAAAUUAUUAUAGUAGAUACCAGUGGUAGGCACAAGCAAGAAGAAUCAUUAUUUGAAGAAAUGUUGCAAGUGUCUAAUGCAAUUAAACCAGACAAUAUUAUCUUCGUUAUGGAUGCUACAAUUGGUCAAGCUUGUGAAUCUCAAGCUAGGGCAUUUAAAGAAAAAGUAAAUGUAGGGUCUGUCAUUAUAACUAAAUUGGAUGGACAUGCAAAGGGUGGUGGUGCUCUUAGUGCUGUAGCUGCAACAAAUAGUCCAAUUAUUUUUAUUGGUACUGGAGAACACAUAGAUGAUUUUGAAUCAUUUAAAACGAAACCUUUUAUUAGUAAACUCUUGGGAAUGGGUGACAUAGAAGGACUUAUCGAUAAAGUUAACGAACUCAAGUUAGAUGACAAUGAAGAAUUAAUAGAAAAAAUUAAACAUGGGCAAUUCACAUUACGAGAUAUGUAUGAGCAAUUUCAAAAUAUUAUGAAAAUGGGUCCAUUUUCCCAAAUAAUGGGUAUGAUUCCUGGAUUUAGUCAGGAUUUUUUAUCAAAAGGAAGCGAACAGGAAUCAAUGGCUAGAUUGAAACGAGUUAUGACAAUUAUGGACAGUAUGAACGAUGGAGAAUUAGAUAACAGAGAUGGUGCCAAAUUAUUUACGAAACAAAGUAGUCGAAUCGUACGAGUGGCUCAAGGUGCGGGAGUAACAGAAAAAGAAGUCAAAGAUUUGAUAUCUCAGUAUACAAAAUUUGCUGCGGUAGUUAAAAAAAUGGGUGGAAUCAAAGGAUUAUUUAAAGGUGGCGACAUGGCUAAAAACGUUAAUCAAGCUCAGAUGACAAAAUUAAAUCAACAAAUGGCAAGAAUGAUGGAUCCGAGAGUUUUACAACAAAUGGGUGGAAUGAAUGGAUUACAAUCGAUGAUGAGACAGUUACAACAAGGUGCCGCCGGAGGAUUAAGCAAUUUAAUGGGGGGUUUCGGAGGAAAAGCUUAA